AUGUCCACAAUCCAACUCCCGAGCCGGCUCAAGCAGUCCUUGGAAGACACACGUGUAGAAUAUCGUCAGCUCGGACGGUCUGGACUCCGUGUGUCUGUGCCUAUUCUUGGUUGUAUGGGCUUCGGCGACACUCGAGCUCUCCCGUGGGCACUUGGAGAAGACGAAGCGCUGCCAUUGCUCAAGGCAGCCUAUGACAUGGGCCUGAAUACUUGGGAUACUGCCAAUGCGUACUCGAAUGGUGUUUCCGAGGAGAUUAUUGGCAAGGCUCUCAAACACUAUGAUAUUCCCCGAGAGAAGGUAGUUAUUCUCACAAAAUGCUACUUUACUGUUGGAGAAACCCCAGAGGAGCAAGCAUACGUUUUCCGCUCCGAGUUCAGCAAAUCCAAGGAUUAUCAGAACCUAUCCGGUCUCUCUCGAACUGCUAUCUUCAAUCAGGUUGAGGCUUCUCUGAAGAGGCUUCAAACUGAUUACAUCGAUCUAUUGCAGAUUCAUCGAUUUGAUAGUUCGGUGCCCAUGGAAGAGACUAUGAAAGCUCUUCAUGACCUGGUGCAAUCAGGCAAGGUCCGCUACAUCGGUGCGAGUAGUAUGUGGGCAACUCAGUUUGCCCAACUUCAAUUCUGCGCCGAAAGAAAUAACUGGACCAAGUUUGUGAGCAUGCAGAAUCAAUAUAACCUGCUCUACCGCGAAGAGGAGAGGGAAAUGAUUCGGUUCUGCAAUGACACGGGUGUAGGGCUUAUCCCUUGGGCGCCGUUGUGUCGUGGACACUUGGCCAGACCUCCUUCUUCAAGCUUGACGACGAGAGAGUCGACUGAGUCUCAAAUCAUAAGAGGAGGACCUGGUACGAGCGAGGCCGAUCAGAAAAUCAUUGGUCGAGUGGCGGAGCUCGCUGAGAAACAUGGAUGGCCGAUGGCUCACGUUGCCCUGGCUUGGAUUAAUUCGAGGGUUACGAGUCCUAUUGUUGGGUGUACGAAGAUGGAAAGAAUCGAAGAGGCCGUUUCAAGCAAUGGCAAGGUUCUGACGAAGGAUGAAGAGGGUUACCUUGAGGAGCUGUAUCAGCCAAGACCUGUUUGGGGCCACUUUUGA